GAUGAGUAAUGCAUGAACAUCGGGCAGCCCUUGUGGUAUUAGAAACCUCAUUACGUUGAUGAAAGCUAUCUCUUUUCUUCAAUCUUCAACCUCAAUCUGCUUCCCGGCUUGCUCGGCUUGUUUUAUCCCGCACUGGCAUCGUGUUUGUCACAACUCGACUGCCUUGCCGAGCAGCCGAUAUGGCGCACGAGAUCCCCUCCAGGGCUGGCUCAUCAUCAAACAGCAAUGAGUAUAUGCAUUCAACCGGAGCGAGCAGCCAAGGCUCAACGUGGGAAGAAGAACGAGAGAACGAACAGACCAGUCGGCGCAUCAGCAUCAUCACCACCACGCUCUCUUGCUUCCAGUGCCGGGCUCGAAAGGCGAAAUGCGAUCGAUUGAAGCCCAACUGCAGUCGAUGCGUGCGACUUGGAGAUGAAUGCGUGUUUCCAAACUCGCGACAGAGGCGACUCGUUCGGAAGACAAACCCUGCUGCCACGUUGGAGACCCGAGUAGCUCGACUAGAAGAGAUAAUUACGCAGAGCGGCCUACCAGACAUCUUACUGAGUGAGCCCAUAUCCCUUGGUGAUGAAGCCGGACUUGAUAUGGGCUGGAACCAGGAUGCAGCCAAUAUCAACCAGUCAACUUCCUACGGGCCCGCGUCCAAUGGAAUUCCCGUAAUGCAACCAACUGCCGCGUCGUCCCAAGAAGACCCAUUCAUGAUGCAAGAAUUGAUUGGAAUUGGCCAGUUUGAGCAGCUUCCGCCCAGCCACUUGACCGAACGACUGGUUGCUUUGUAUUUCGACGAACUGAAGCAAGAUCUCCCAAUGUUACACCGAACACGCUAUGUGACAUCUCUUCAUUGCCCUGCCCAUAUGCGUCCACCCAUGUCUUUACAAUAUGCGGUCUUGGCUCUGGCCGCAGCAACGCGUCAGGAGUUCGCACACCUCGCAAUGCCAUUCUAUCAGCGGUCUAGGCGGUAUGCAGAGGCAGAUGAGAUGAAAGGCCAAGGAGAAUACUUUACCACCAUAGCUCAUACGCAAUGUUGGUGCUUACUCGCCGCCUAUGAGUCCCACCAACUCCUCUUCUCUCGGGCGUCUGUCAGUCUAUCUAAAAGUGUCCGGAUCGCCCAGAUGCUUGGGCUGCAUCGUCUUGAUAGCCCAAAACAACCAACGGACCCACCGCUCCCUCCACCUGGAGACUUCUUUGAGGUUGAAGAGCGGAGGAGAACCUGGUGGGUAAUAUUCUGUUCCGAUCGGUUCGUGAGUGGUAUCACGGGUUGGCCCGCUCUAGUCAAUGAGAAGGAUAUCGAAACCCGAUUACCUGCCUCUGACGAUGCAUUCGAUAUGGGCACUAAUGAAGCGACACCCUUUCUUAUCGCUGCCCUUCAAGGGGGCACUCUCUAUUCUCCUUUCGCUGGUAAGGUGCUUACCGCCCAUACGUUCCACAGAACUCUAGAGCACACAUUCCGGUCCCUCCCAAAUGAUGGCAUCGAGGACAUUGCGAAUGGGCCAUACUGGAUUCGACAGCGGGGGAUUGACGCUGACCUAUCUAAUAUGAUUUUGUACCUCCCAGAAAACCUCCGCCUCCCACAGUACGGGCAGAACCGGAAUGCCGUCGUCGUCAAUGUGGGUAUUCACACCUCCGUUAUAUGCAUACAUAGAGCGGCAUUGGCAAAGAUAAGAGAGUUCGGCCUAGCCGCAGACUUGUUUGCAAAUAGCAGGCUUCGGCUUCUACCUUCGGCAGAGCAAAUACUGAACGCUCUCAAGUCGACUGACGACGCCAAGGGCGCUAUGGCUGAUCAUUUCUUGGUAUUUUCGGCGUAUCUUGCGGCCUUGAUCUUUCUAGAAGACUACAUGGAAACCAAAUAUCUGAAGAAUGAACAACAUCUCCAUUACAUUCUGAAUGCAAUGGCCCAAGCUGGCGAGAAAGACCUAUUCUCACGUUCGUUAGCAAUUCAGCUUGCUUCAGGGAUGAAGCACGUCGGAAUGGAUUCGAGGACUAUAGACAGAGUACAAGAACUUCCGCCAACAUCUGUAUCGAUACCCAUUCUUGCCAAACAAGACAAGGCCUCAUCACACAUCACUUUCUGUUCGAUUCUUCCCACCAAGUCAGAUGACUACUCGAUCUAACCAAGAAGGGGAUAAUAUUAUGGCGUGUGGGUGUCCGCUGUGGCCCAAGCAUUGAGAGUGUGCCGGUUGUUGAGACCCAGCGCUGGAUUGUAAUAUUUACUGUAUAGAGAAUGCCAUACUCCUAUGAUAUAAGGACUGCGCUUGUUCGGUGAUAAUGGUUUGAAAGGCCAAAAUCAAUAGUAGAAGAAAU